GAGAAAUAUAUGAAAAUAAUCUCAGAAUUGCCAACAAUUUUCUGACACUGUGAAUAAAAAGAUUCAUCUGUGAUUCAUUUGUCAUUAAUGUUUUCUGAUCAUUUUUAUUAGGAUUCGAGUUUAUCAUUGAUGUGCAAUGAUGGAUCAAAUAAUUUCACUCAUUCAAUCAUCUUUAGAUUCACCAACACUGGAUACAGAUUAUGCUUCGCAAUGUGACACUUUAGCUGUUCAACCAUUACCUCAACCAUCAUGUUCAAACCAAAGUCUGGCUCUUUUAAAAGCCUUUUGUUCCGAUGAAGAUACUGUUAAAAGUUAUUUACUUGAUGGCGAUCAAUUGAACAAUCAAAAUGAUGGACAAUUUGUUGACUCAUCAACGCAAACAUAUGAUUACACAGAAAAUUUGCUCAACUUUAAUGACCAAACCGUCCAACCUCAUGGCUUAUGGGCUGUUGACAACUUAAAUUCAUCUCAAACUCCUAUUUCACCAUACAUAAAUACUGGUCCACUGGCCGUAAACUUCAAUAUUUGGUCAAAAAUAAACGAUGAAAAAUUCAAUCUAAAAGCAAAUUUUAUUCUUCUCGUUAAACAUGGAUACAAAUUGACAUUGUCAUUGAACACGGACAAUAGUGAAGUUGAUGAGCCUUGGCAUGCUGAUGUUAGUCGAAAAAUUCUGUCCGUUUCUUUUUCUUCAUUGAGUUGGAGGAGUGAAUAUUUGUCUAAUGAUGUAAACCUGAAUGCAUUUGAAUCAAUGUUAAUGAAUGAAGCAUAUUCUGCUUUUAAGGGCCAGAAAUACUUGCAUUUAUUUGCAGAUUUAAAUGACAGAAGUCUUGCAAAAGCAAGUCCAAAUUGGCUCAUUUCAAUAUGCAAUGGAAUCAAAGGAUUCAGAAAAAUCGAAAUCAUCGAUAAAGUAAAUCUUUUAUCCAACAUAUAUAAUAGUCUUAAUUUGAUGGAAGCCGUUUUAAACUACGAUGCUACAAUUGACGGCUGGGAUUUUGCAGGAUUCAAAUAUGAUCGACGAGAUACAUUUAUCUUCAACAAACACUUACACGAUGGACUUGUUCACGUAAUCGAAACCUUUCCCGAUCGAUUCAGAAACGAUAUUAAUGUCAUUAUUCUCAUGUACUUAAUCAUUAUUUUCAAUGCUGACAUAAUCGGAUUGAAAUAUCCCGAAAUGAUCAGACAUGAACAAUUCUCAUACAUUCAUUUACUUCGCCGUUAUUUGAGGACAAUUUAUGAAUCUGAUUGUGAAGCCUCAGAUAAUCAUUACAGGUUGAUGGUUAAAAUUGAGCAGUUGAGACUUCUGGGUGAACAAACGCAAAAUAUUUUUGCCGCUCUACUAAAAGAGCCGUUUGAGGAAACCAUUACAAGAGCAGUUGCGGGGGAAUACAUUCAUCAAUUUCACUUGCAGAUGAUUUCCGAUGAGAGCUACUUUUGACUGAAAAUUUUAUCUGAUUCAUUAAUCAACCAUUCGCAUGGAUCUAGGCUAAAAGAUGGCAAAAUUUUCGCAUUCAACAUUCGAUAGCCAAUUGUAUCUCUAUUGACAUCGGUAUAAUUUUAUCUUCAUAUAAAAUACAUUUUUUAUCCUACGUUACACGAUUAAUGUUGAUUCAGCACAAAAAUCAUUUCAAUCAAAAUAUUUUCAACUAAUUAUUUUUAUAUGGAGAUUGUCUAUGCUACAACUUGCAGAUUCUGACCAAAUGACACACUUCACACAAUUCAAAAGCGUUAGAUAACUCUGUAAUCUGUAAUGUUGGAUCAAAAUUCUGUAGAUUUUUAAAUAUGUUUAAAUUUUGUAAAUUAUUUCGUUCUUUUGUUGAAAAAGCUAUGAUAUUGUGAAAAUUAAAAAUGCUUGAAUAUAAGUCGCUAUAA